CACUCGAGGCCAUGUAAGGUCCAUUCUUACGGGCAAGGCCGUAUUACAAUAGAGCUACCCAGCCUACUCAUUACCGAGAACCUUCGGCCUCCAGUGAAAGCGGACCCUUUCGUCUCUGCCAUCUGAGCUCAAAUGGAAAGCCACAGUAGCAGUACCGAAUACCGGUGGAGAGCUGAAGACGCCAUUGCUGGCAACGCGAAAGCUCUUCAAGCUCUCAGAGAGCUCAUCAUAUUCCCGCUUCUCUACUCCCGCCAAGCUAAGAAGCUCGGUAUCAAAUGGCCGCAAGGUUUGCUGCUGUACGGUCCUCCAGGCACUGGAAAGACAAGUCUAGUACGAGCAGUUGUUCAGGAAUGUGGAGCACAUUUGACAAUCAUCAGUCCUCAUUCUGUCCAUAAAGCACAUGCUGGGGAAAGCGAGAGAAUUCUCCGUGAGGCCUUUGCACAGGCAUCAUCUCAUUCAACUUGUGGCAAGCCAUCAGUUAUCUUUAUAGAUGAAAUAGAUGUACUCUGUCCUCGGCGAGAUUCAAAGAGGGAGCAAGAUGUUCGGAUUGCUUCCCAGCUUUUUACAUUGAUGGAUUCAAAUAAACCAUCCUCAUCCACACCAAGAGUUGUUGUCGUUGCAUCAACUAACAGGGUGAAUGCAAUUGAUCCAGCCCUUAGAAGGUAUGGACGUUUUGAUGCUGAAAUUGAAGUUACUGCCCCAAAUGAAGAGGAGCGUUUUCAAAUUCUUAAGCUUUACACAAGGAAGAUUCCCUUGGAUCCCAGUGUUGACUUAAUGAUAGCUGCAUCUUGCAAUGGAUAUGUUGGGGCUGAUUUGGAAGCCUUGUGCCGUGAGGCUACUACAUUAGCAGCUAAAAGGUCCGGAGAUGCAAAUGGAAAUGCUGGUCUCUUAAGCAUAAUGAUGGAAGAUUGGAACAAUGCGAGAUCUGUUGUUGGUCCAAGCAUAACAAGAGGUGUUACAGUGGAAAUUCCUAAAGUGACUUGGGAUGAUAUUGGCGGAUUAAAAGAAUUAAAAAAAAAGCUUCAGCAAGCUGUUGAAUGGCCUAUCAAGCAUUCUGAAGUAUUUUCUAGAUUGGGCAUUUCCCCAGUGCGAGGGAUUCUCUUGCAUGGGCCUCCAGGAUGUUCCAAAACAACCCUUGCCAAAGCUGCUGCACAUGCAGCCCAAGCUUCUUUCUUUUCCUUGAGUGGUGCAGAAAUGUAUUCGAUGUAUGUAGGAGAGGGGGAAGCAUUGCUUCGGAAUACAUUUCAUAGGGCACGGCUUGCAGCACCCAGCAUAAUAUUUUUUGAUGAGGCUGAUGUGGUAGCCGCAAAACGGGGUGAUUCUUCAAGCAAUAGCAGUACGGUUGGAGAGAGGCUUUUAUCCACCCUCCUGACUGAAAUGGAUGGUUUAGAAGAAGCUACAGUAAGCUUUCUGUGAUUGCUUGUGUGUACU